UUCUAUGUCCGUGGUGGUGCCGAACCUGGUGACUGUCACGUGGAGUACAAGAGUUAAUGUUUUUUAGAAUACACUACAGUUUAAACCUCCUUCCCAUAUUUGAAUUGUACAAACAUAAUCGGCAAAAAUAAUUAUGCGAGCUUGAAUAUCGGUGGAUCCCCCUACAAGGAACAUAUGUAACAAAGUGCACUACAUAUUCUUGCACGUGGUUAUCAAGUUUUCUACAUGCUCGGAAAAACACUACUAAAUUCAAACGCAAUCUUUACGAUUCCGUUUGAAUAAGACUUAGGUCACAGAAAUAAACAAAAGAACAUACAAAACCGUUGAGGCUUAGAAGGUACUGCAUUACGUGAAUGGUAUCGAUUAUACGUAAUUUGAAACUUAUAAAUAAUAGAAGAUGGAAAUCCAGAAAGCAUAUUAUUCAUUACAAAAAAGGAUGGCUUCUGCAUUGACGGAUGAAGAUCACUUUAUCGAAUUCCAAAGACUACAUACAGAUGAAGAACGUGUAAAAUUUACUCUUGAUCUUAUGUUAAGAUACAAUGUACUUCCUAACGUGUGUCCUGCUACAAAAAACGCAAAUGAAUCUGAGAAAUUAAGGACAUUAGGUAACAACAUAUUUGUUUCCAAAUCAUUGACAAAUACAUCUUACGAACAAGCUUUGGAACUUUACACCAAAAGUAUAGCUUACGCUCCUUAUCCAUCCGAACAACUGACUUUGGCAUAUGCCAACAGAUCUGCUGCCUUGUUUAAAUUAAAGAAAUACGAAGAAUGCAUUCGCGACAUAGAUAGAGCAUUGGCAUUAAAUUACCCAGAUUAUUUGAAAGCUAAGAUUUACAUAAGAAAAAUCGAGUGUUUGGAGGCUUUAGAGCAUCCUAAUGCAGACAAUGGUAUCAAAGAAGCACAGCAAUGGUUAGAUAAAAUGCCUUUAAAUUGCGAUUACUGUAAGAAAUUAAAGGAGACGCUUAUUUCUAAAGACAAAAUGCCAAAAUUGUGUAGCUCUAAAAGACAAACAGAUGCGAAACAUAAGACAAAAUAUACAUUUCCUGAAAUAAAGACUCCCAACACUGAAAUACCUUGUGCUUCGGAUGCAAUAAGUAUAAAGUACAACAAACAAUAUGGUAGACAUCUUGUGGCUACACGCAAAAUAGAUCCUGGUGAAGUAAUUGCCAUAGAAAAAGCAUACUCUACACUCUAUAGUCUUGAUAAUAUGUACACACAUUGUUCCUACUGUUUAAUACCAUGUUGGUCCAAUAUACCUUGUAACUACUGUCCUUACAGUAUGUAUUGCUCAGAAGAAUGUAAGACUUUGGAUUGGGAGAAAUAUCAUGACAUGGAAUGCUCUGUAAUUCCUUUUAUGUUUAAGCUGGAUUUUAGUACAACGGAAUUAUUUAGCGUAAGAAUCGCUGUACAGGCUGUAAAAGAAAGUCCGAGUAUACGAGAAUUAAGACAAGAAUUGAGAGAAGUUGACACUUGUAAUGAUCCUCGUACAAAGGGUUUCUCUAAGAAGGGUACUUUUGAGAAUGAUAAAUACAGAAGUUUAUAUAGUCUCGAGACAAAUAGCGAAAAAUAUUCGACCGACUAUAUGUUUAGCAGAUGUCUUGGUACUAGUUUCAUUUUAUACUAUUUGGCGACGCAUUCUAACUUAUUUGGAAGUCCAUUGAAGAAAGAUAUGUCCACAUUAGUACAAAAUACCGACGUGACAUUCAUCGGCGGUCUUAUAUUGAAGCACCAGUUGAUGCUUUCCUGUAAUGCUCACGACAUCACAGGAUACCGCGAAGUGGAACCAUUUUCACAUGGUUCUGCAAUUAUUUCGUUCUAUAGUUUGAUUAAUCACUCCUGUAAUCCAAAUGUAUUCAAACAAUUGAGGUCUGGACACAUGAUUAUGUAUGCCAUAUGCCCCAUUGAGAAAGAUGAACAGAUAUUCGAUUGUUACGAUCAGUUCUAUGCGGAUAUUCCAAAAACUGAGAGACAGGAAUGUCUCUUGGAGAACUACCUGUUUACGUGCAAUUGCUUGCCAUGCCGAGAAGAUUGGCCAUUAUUCGACGAUAUGAAACCGAGCACUAAUUUGAACGAGGCAGUGAAACGUGAAUUCGCUAAAGUUGAAGAAAGAUGGCGACUUCUCAUGGCUUCUGAUUCUAAAGAUGAUGUUUUGAAUGAAUUGAAUGUCUUAGAUGAUGCAAUAAAAAUGAUCAAAAUUUUACACUAUCAGGCACCAAGACCCAGCAGAGAAAUGUGUAUUAUGGUUGAAGCUUUAAAAUGGUGUCUUCUCUUUGAAAAGGACUAAUUUUUUAAAUGAUUAAAAACGUGUUUCGUGUAAUUAUAUGUUGCUCAUUUUAUAACUAAAUAAACGUAUCCUUUUAUAUUUUUA